GGAGAGACUUUGGGGCGAUCGGGAGCGACGAAGUCAAGAGACGAGGUCGGAAUCCCUUAUAAGUUCCUGCCGCGGUUUCCGAUUGGAUCCUCGCUCGUUGGGCUCGAUCGAUCUGAGAGCUCCGGGGGAGAUUGCGUGGAUUAUUCUGGAGGCAACUCUGCAACUUCGAUCGUUGCUGGACUAGUCGUUCAUUAUAUUUGAUCUGGUGAGAAGGGGCAAACAUGUGGAACGAGAUGAAAUUGAAAUCCAAGGCAGAUCAUGAGGAGGUGGACUACUUCUCCUGGUCACCACAGAAAGACCGGUCGAUCGGACGACUGGUGAGGUUCGUCUCGUUUCUGGUCGUAUUCACGGGGGGCAUUGUCUUGGGCUUGUCGGUGAGCGCACACUACUCUCGCUACUUCAACUCCCAGACCGAGCUGUUCUUCCCGAGGACGAUGUACGAAGCGAAUUGUGACAAGGAGGGUUCGAGCUUCAAGAGCUUCGCGCAGCCGACCAAUUUGAUUCACAGUAUGACGGAUGAUGAGCUCAAUUGGAGGGCGUCAAUGGUACCGAAGAUGGAUGAGUAUCCAUUUCAGAGGGUGCCAAAGGUGGCCUUUUUGUUCAUGACAAGGGGCCCUUUGCCUUUUGUGCCGCUGUGGGACAGGUUCUUCAAAGGCCACAAAGGGCUGUAUUCCAUUUACGUGCAUACGCUUCCAGAUUACAAGCUCAAUGUCUCAGGGACUUCUGCUUUCUAUGGCCGGCAGAUCCCGAGCGAGGAGGUAUCAUGGGGGUCAAUAACAUUGGUAGAUGCUGAGAAGCGUCUCUUGGCCAAUGCUUUGUUGGAUUUCUCGAAUGAGCGCUUUGUUCUGCUCUCUGAAAGCUGCAUUCCAGUGUAUAAUUUCCCAACGGUCUACGAGUACCUCAUAAAUUCUGCCCACAGCUUCGUCGAGUCGUACGAUGAGAACACCCGACAAGGUCGCGGUCGCUAUAGCUGGCGCAUGGCCCCCAAGAUCAUGCUGUAUCAGUGGAGGAAAGGCUCUGAGUGGUUCGAGCUCAACCGUGAAUUGGCGACAAAUAUAGUUGCAGAACACAAGUAUUAUCCGCUCUUCCGAAAAUAUUGCAAGCCCUCUUGCUACCCUGACGAGCACUACAUACCGACAUAUUUGAACAUGUUCCAUGGGGCUUUGAAUGCGAAUCGGAGUCUGACUUGGGUCGAUUGGUCCAGGGGAGGAUCACACCCAGCUAGAUAUGGUGCUCCAAAUAUCACAGUGGAAUUCAUCCAGUCCAUCAGAAACAAUGGGACCUUCUGUUUGUACAACUCAGUGCCAACUUCCAUAUGCUUCCUCUUUGCAAGGAAGUUUGCUCCUAGUGCUUUGGCUCCCUUACUCAACCUUACCUCCACGGUAAUGGGAUUCUGAGAUCAUACCGGUCUUAUUCCCCUCGAUCUUCAGAGAUAAUCACCGGUACCGUGAGGCGACUUCUCCUCUAGUUAGUGAGAUGGCUUAUGGAGUAUCCUUAGCGGCGGAUGGUUCACGAUCCAGGAUGAGCUUAAUUCCAACUCCUUCAAUUGUUGACAGGACAUAAUGAGAAGCUAGCUAGGGGCCUCCAGUGUCAUAUUCAACCUCACCGUGGUUCGGUAUAAUGCAUUUUUCAAUUGAUUUGUUUAGACAUUGAAUUCUGUGAAUACCAACUCAUCAUUCACUUUAUCAUUGUAAAUAAAAGAAAGCAAGCGGGAUUCAAACUCCACAAUUUUGGUGUAACUAUUAGAUUAGGAGUGGUUGAUUGCUGUCAGAGUAUCCAUUUCAAUGCAUCUUUACAGAACCGGAUGAGAUUAGGUUAA